AUGCAUCUCUCCACCAAGAGCCUCCUCUCUCUCCUCCCUCUUCUCCCCCUAGCAUCUGCUGUCGGCUCCGCCAUCGUGCAAAACAACUGCACCUCCCCCAUUUACCUCUGGUCGGUUGGCGGCUCCGUCAAUAGCAUGCAAACCAUCGACCCCGGAUCCAGCUACAGCGAGACCUUCUACUACGAUACAACCUCCGGCGGCGUUGCCCUGAAGAUCACCACCACGGAGAAUGGUCUGUACAACGGCUCUCCGCAGACGGAUUACGCCUAUACGCUGGACACAUCCUCGGGUAAUGUCUUCUAUGAUAUUUCGGAUGUCUUUGGGGAUCCGUUCUCCGGCAGUGUCGUCAGCCUUGUCUCGAGUGAUUCCAGCUGCGAGAGUAUUUGUUGGGCUGGGGGAGUGCCGCCCGCUGGCAGUGUUGUGAGAAGUUGUCAGGAUGAGGCGGAUGAGGUGUUGACGGUUUGUGCGGAUAGUUGCUAG